GAGUUUGAAAAAUACUCUGAAUCCGUUUCCUUGCUACAUAAAGUGAUCUGUGUCCGUUUCCGUUCAUACGUCAACGCAAAAUCUGUCCAAUUUUUAUUACAAAUUGAUAAUUUCAGCAUCAAAAUAGAAAUAUCUAUCACUUUAUCAUUCAUACAGAGCUUUUACGGUUUCCCUUUGUUAUAUUUCACCAUGCCACGCGGUAAAUAUACUAACCAUAAAGGCCGUAAUCGUAAGUUUACCAGCCCCGAAGAAUUAGAAGAACAACGCAAACAGGAAGAGUUAAAGCAAAAAUGGAGAAAAGAACAUCAAGAGAGUUCAAGUGAAGAAGAAUCUGGUGACAACAAGUCGGGGUCAGGCAGUAGUGAAGAAAGCGACUCGGAUGAAGAUCAUCCCACUAAGGCAAAGGGCGUUUCUGGUCUUAUUGAAGUAGAAAAUCCUAACAGAGUAGUGAAGAAAAACAAAAAAUUAUCUAAUCUGAAUAAUUUAGGCGAAGGCGAAAAAGCUCCCCUAUCAAGAAAGGAACGCGAAGAAAUAGAAAGGCAACGCGCGGCAGCUGCGUAUCAGAAAGCUCACGCUGAAGGCAAGACAGAUCAGGCUCGAGCUGAUCUCGCUAGACUAGCUAUCAUCCGGCAGCAAAGGGAAGAGGCGGCUAAGAGGAGGGAGGCUGAGAAGAAAGCUAAGGAAGAGACCACCAAGAAAAGGUAGACAAAUAUCGACAUAGCUCUACAUGGAUGUUCCACUAAUUGCCGUUUCACGUACCCUCCUGUCAGCUAGGUUAGGCUUUCAAAAUCUAUGCAAAAGUAACUAUUACGUAUUUUUAAUGCUGCUUUUACACGCUGGUCAAGUUUUGCAAGUUAACCGUUACAAAUGCUGGGUUACAUACAAAAAACUCUUUCAAGCCAAUGUGAGCCAUAUGAAUCAUACCUCUUUCAUGUUGGUUUUGGUUAAUACAAUUUGACCAAGUGAUGGCAAGCAUGUAAGCGCAGCAUAAGAAUAUUAAAUUACUAAUAUUCUUCAUACCACUCAUAACAACUUGUUAUAAAUGAGAUCCACACUUGAUAUAUUUUAUCUUCAUUAUGUCAACACGCAAGGAAUUGUCUAAUAAAUGUGCAUAAUAAUAAAUACGUGUCUGUUCAUCUAACUAUAAUCGCGUUGUUUUUUGGUUUUGAGAAGCUUCCCUAGCAAUACAGAUAAUUUAUUAUUGUAAUUUUUAAUACUUACAAUGAAUUUUAUUUUGUAUACAACACGCAAUAUAUGAUAAUUAGGUAUUUUGAAAUCUAUUGAUAUCGUGUCUAAGGAUUGAAGAUAAAUUAAUGAAAAAACACUGGCGUGUUGUAAUAUUUGACGUAAUAAAAUUGACCAAGCUUUGUCCCAAAUACCAGAUUCGAAUUUGCUAUGCUUAUUGAUUGACUUAAAACAAUAAUAUUGUUGUCUACAAUUUUACAUCUGUAUAACUGUUACGAGUUAGUGAAAAUUCAAUUAAAUAUCUUUUUAUACUCUUCUAAUUAUUAUUGUUUUUGCAGACUUAUAUAUAACUUAGUGUGUUUAGGUAAAUUUUAUUCGAAUGUUUGUAUAGGCGAUCUCUCGUUAUUAUUUUAUAAUGAAAUUGUUGGUUGAUUGAUCUGUACUUUACUCUCUGGCGAACAGGUGACUAUACGAAUGACGUGACAACUUUUAGUGCAAUUAUUGAAAAGAAAAAAACAUGGUAUUCUACCAACAAUCACAAAAUUGAAGAAAAUCUGAUUUUAUGAUUUUGUAGUCAUCAUAAUAUAAUUUAUAGUGUGUAUAGACAAUCACUUUUUUAAUCACUCUACAUAUUCAAGUAUAGAAGUAUAAACUUUAAUAUAAAUAAUUUAAAAAAAAUAGGAAAUACACGGAAUGUAAAAAAAUACCGGUCAAGUGCGAGCCGGACUCGCGCACCGAGGGUUCCGUACAAACUCAAUUUAAUACCUGUUCUACUUACAACAACUUAUAAUUACGCGUUCAUUAGAAAAGAGGUAGAAACUUUAAAAUUUUCUAAAAUAUUUUUUAUUGUAUGAUAUAACUAAAAAUUUACGGUUUUCGCAAUUUUUCCUUGUAUUAUAAGACGUUACUUCUAGGUUCUAAGUUCACGGGAAGUAACCUGUAGGUUUUGAUUCCCGUGCGACUUUCCGUUUUUGCCUUUUGAGGUACGGAACCCUAAAAAAGCAAAAAUAAACUUGUUUUUAGUUAGCCUAAGAGCAAUUUUACUAUAACUGGACUGAGACAACGACUCGUGGACAUCCCGUUCAAUGGUCAUGGUUUGUUAUAAACCUGGUAAGUACAUGAAGGGUAAUCUUAUUUGCUAUGUCGGGCUUUAACGCGAAAUUAAUGCAAGUGAUUACAAGAUCGAUCUGGAUACUUAGAGUAUAAUUUUUCAUUAUCUGAAAUAAAUACUAUAACUCUUUUUUCCUUUCUACUAGUUUAUUUCUUCUAACUAAAUUACGCUAAGGUUAACAAAUGUACUCACGAUUUAAAAACCUCUUUGGAAGUCUGUUCAAAAUAUGCAUAGUCGCUAUAUAUAAUUUAUUUUACACAAUACUGAUCGAUGUCAUAAGCACGAAACAAUUUCGAAUUCAAAUAGUUGAAUUCGAUCUCGAACACACGUCCUAUGUGUAAUGAUUUUUAAUUCUCGUUACGUCCGUUGUGGCGCCACUAUUCAAGUUUCUAUACAAAAUGUCUCAAUAACUAUGAACUAAUAUUUUUUCUAGUAGCCACUUGUGCAAUAUUGUAUUGUUAUGACUGUCGCGUCAUAAGUAUAGAGCCUUAAUAGCUUAAACUUAUAAUAUUGAUAAUAAUUAUAUAAAAUACAAUAUGUCAACUAUUUGUUACUUAAAAUAAACGCUAUCGCAAACUCAUAUAAUUACCUACUUAUGCUUUUUUAGCAAUCACAAACUCAAAUAAUUCUUCUUCGUUAGUUUUGUUACAUAAAUUUACUUUGACAAUGUAAGUUGUA